GAGUGUACUGAUGGUUAUGAGUGGGAUCACCAGAGGCAGCACUGUCGAGACAUCGACGAGUGUGAGACCAUCCCCGGGGCGUGUAAGGGCACCAUGAAGUGUUUCAAUCACUACGGGGGUUACCUGUGCCUCCCUCGCUCAGCGUCGAUCAUCACCCACAACGACGUGGGCCCCGAUGGACAGGGGGGUCCGAAUCCCCCACUGCCCCCGGACACUGCCUCUCAUCCGCAGUCCCCCGCUGGGGGCUCCGACCCCUGCUCGCAGGGGUAUACCCUCAACCAGGAGGAGCAGUGCGUAGACAUUAACGAAUGCCGCUUUCGAUACUGUCAGCACCGGUGUGUGAACUCCCCGGGCUCCUUCACCUGUCAGUGUGAGCCUGGAUUUACGUUGGGUCAGGAUAACCACUCCUGUGUUG